GUGAAUAUUUUAGUGAAGCAAACUAUUAUUCUAUUUAAUAUUAGAACAGUAGCCACCAUGUUUUCUCGAAGUAUUUCAUUCUUUCGAGGGUUCUUUGCUCGAACAUUUAUAGGUGGCAUGGGGUCAAAGGCUAAAAGACCUUAUCGAAUUGAUAUCCGAAUGGAGCAUGACAAAAAACGGCGGAUGAAGAGACGCAAUAUUGGUUGUCGUCGGAUGAUGAAGUCAUAAAGUAUGACAAAUUAGGGAAUAAUAAAUCAGACGGUCGCAGUGAAGAGAGUACAUAUAUUUAUGACUAUCGCUUGUUUUUAUCCAAUGUGUUUCACGAAGUCACGACUCUAUAUGCAUUUGAGUUGGAAGCGAUUUAAAGCACACAAAAAA